CACAUUGUAAAUUGUAAUUGCACUUGAACCAGCCUGUGUGUCUGCUCUCUUCCACUUUUGUUGGUGUGAUCCUUUCACAGUGGUGUUACUUACUUUAGUAUUUUGAAUUUCUUUAUAAACUAUUAUCUCACUUCCCCUCGGAUACAAAAGCAAUAAAACAGAACACUGGAAGAAUUGUAAAACUCAUUAGAACUAAAGGGGCUGUUUUGAAAUACAUUUGAUGGUCGGGGACUGAAAGCCAACUGUAUCUUCAAUGGAGAAAAAAAUCAAAAAGCGAAACAGAAGUGAAAAAAAAAAAGAGGCGAACGUCUUUCACUUUGCGCGAUUCAUGUCUCCUCCGACAUCUUUUCGAUCGCUUUACGCUUCCUCCUCUACUCGUACUCCGAUUUCUCCACCAAUCCGAAUCAUACCCUUACUGAACUCAUUCAACAGACUCUACGGUCUAUCAUUCUCAACCUCGUCCUCUCUUCCUUCGUCUUCUUCAAAUCUAGUUUUCUCAACAAGGAAGCAGUCUCUCUCUAUAAAGGUACAAGCUUUAACUGCUGAAACAGAACAGCCAAAAUGGUGGGAGAAGAAAGCAGGGCCGAACAUGAUCGACAUUACCUCGACCGAACAGUUUCUGAACGCUUUGAAAGAUGCGGGAGAUAGAUUAGUUAUCGUUGAUUUUUAUGGAACUUGGUGUGGUUCUUGCCGAGCAAUGUUCCCAAAGCUAUGCAAAACAGCGGAAGAACACCCUGAGAUCUUGUUCCUUAAAGUAAACUUUGACGAGAACAAGUCACUCUGCAAAAGCUUGAACGUCAAGGUUUUACCAUACUUCCACUUAUACCGCGGCUCGGAUGGCCAAGUCGAUUCUUUCUCCUGCUCUCUUGCCAAGUUCAAGAAACUCAGAGAUGCUAUAGUGAGACAUAAUGUAAGAAUUAGCACUGACCACUCUUCUUCGGUUUCUGAGCAAAUUGAAGAUUCAACUUCAAGCCUAUAAUCAACCAAUAUCUGGUUAUAAUUGAACAGUUUUUUUUUGUAUAUAUAUAUGUUAACUGCCAUUUGGAUUUGCUGCAUCAUAACUUGUGUAGAUAAAAACUCUAAGGAGGUGUUAUUGGUUUAUAUAUUUUGUUUGAUUUAGAAAUCCAUAUAGUAUUUAUAAAUCUUGAGGUUUUUCCUCGCAUUUGAA